ACAAAUUGGUAAGUCAUAUUAUAUUGGAGGAAUAUACUUUACAAGAAAUUCCCUUCCCUCCAAUUCCAAAUCCCCUAAGCAGCUCCACUCAACACCGCAUGAAGCAUAGCCACUUAAAUACUGCAACCUAUACAUACGUAAUUAAUGAUAUAUUUUCGCCAAUUUCUUGAACUCCAGGGUUUCAAAUUUUCCAUAAAUUUACACAUAGACAAUUAUAUUUGCAUAUUUUUUUGUUUGUGAUUUAAGAAUUUAGUAUAAAUUUAGCUGCAGAUGAUAAUUGAAUUUUCCUUGAUAUCAAUCAUAAAUUAUUAUCGGAGCAAAAAUUAGAGGAUUUGCUAUUGUUUGGAUCGGGGCGGGGCGGGGCGGGGUGGGUCAUGCAUACAGACAAUUUGAUAGGGUUUGGGUUGGCGGUCGGGUCGAGUGCUUUCAUUGGAUCCAGUUUCAUCAUCAAGAAGAAGGGUCUACAGAGAGCCGGUGCAUCUGGCUCUCGAGCCAGUUCAGGGGGAUAUAGGUAUUUGCUGGAGCCACUUUGGUGGAUUGGCAUGGUGACUAUGAUUGUAGGAGAAUUUGCCAACUUUGUAGCCUACAUUUAUGCUCCUGCCGUUCUUGUUACACCUCUUGGAGCAUUAAGUAUAAUUGUCAGUGCCGUUUUAGCUCAUCUCUUAUUGAAAGAAAAAUUGCAGAAGUUAGGAAUAUUGGGAUGCAUUUUAUGCAUAGUGGGUUCUACCAUAAUUGUGCUUCAUGCACCUGCUGAACGUAGUCUUAGUUCCGUGGAAGAAAUCUGGAAGUUAGCAUUACAGCCAGCUUUUCUUUUGUAUACAGCCUCAGCAGUGGCACUGGUAUGGGUACUAGUGUUGUAUUGUGAACCACGCUAUGGGCAGACGAAUAUAAUGGUUUAUAUUGGCGUUUGUUCUGUAAUCGGAUCCUUAACGGUUAUGAGCAUUAAAGCAGUAGGUAUUGCUAUAAGACUCACGAUAGAGGGUUCAAGCCAGGUAGCCCACUUCCAAACGUGGGUGUUUGUCAUGGUUGCAGCUAGUUGUAUAAUCACACAAUUGAACUACUUAAACAAGGCUUUGGACACAUUUAACACUGCUGUAGUUUCUCCAAUCUAUUAUGCCAUGUUCACAUCGCUUACAAUUUUUGCCAGUGCCAUAAUGUUCAAGGAUUGGGCUGGUCAGAGUGCUAGCAGCAUUGUUUCGGUUCUCUGUGGAUUUAUUACUGUACUUUCGGGUAAAAUGGUUUUGCACAGUACAAGAGAUCCAGAAAACACAGCAGCUGCAGAUUAUUCAGCACUACCUCAAAUAUCAUGGCGGGUCCAUGCAAAUGGCGAAAUAUGGAAACAAAAAGACAAUGAUGAAUUGCACCCUGAAUUUGUGGCAAUUAUUCGGCAAGAACAUUUCAAGUAACGUAACAGAACUUGGACGAUCUUGUCACUCAAAGCUAUCUUCUAAAUGUUGUCUUCCAAGAUUCUUGAUCGCGAACUUUAGGUUGAUCUGCCGUUUGAGGAUUGUAUCUUUACUGAAUUUCAAAGGGAUUUAUUUAUUUAUUUUUUCCACGGCCCAGGCUUGAUUAGCAUAAGUAUGCAGUAGUUUCUAAUAAUAUUAAGUAAUUUUUUGUGCUUGUAUUAACUCUAAAGAUAGAACCACAUUGUAUUUUUAUGCCACUGAAAUGUCUACUCUUUACAAAAAGAUGAAAUGAAGAAAUUUCCCAUUUUGUAUUUUGA